GGAAGAAGCCAAAGAUAGUUUAUAAAGAUGGAGUUCUGCACCGCUUUAUGUUGGAGCAUUGUCCAGCUAUCUUGGAGACGUAUUGGCCGACACCUUGGCUGUUCGAAUCAAGAAUGCAGAGUAUUUUUCGCUCACUAUUUAAAAGGCGCAUAAUGUUUGAUUAUAGGAGUGAAUUAUUGUGCAUGCCUGAUGGUGGUGAAGUUUGUCUGGAUUGGAUGGAUAAUGACGAGAAUUCUAAUGUUGAAAGAGCCAAAAGACCAACUAUCUUGAUGCUUCCUGGUUUGACUGGCUCGAGUGUUGAGACGUAUCUUGUUCAUUUUGUGAAGCAUGCAACAAAAGCUGGUUUUCGCUGCGUUGUUUUCAACAACCGAGGAAAAGGAGGUGGAAGGCUAUUGACCGCUAGAACCUACAAUGCAGCGAAUACAGAAGAUCUCAGUGUUGUGGUGGAGCAUGUGAGGAAACUAAUUCCAGAUGCCCCGCUGAUGGCUACUGGCCACUCAUUGGGAGGAAUAAUUUUAACCAAUUACUUGGCCAAGACUGGAGUGGACUGCGGACUUAUAGGUGGCAUGGUGGUUUCUGUUUCUUGGAAUGUAUUUGAGUCGUCAAAGAAUCUUGAGAAACCUCUCAACAGCUUCGUCUUCAAUCGCUUCCUGACAUAUAAUCUGAUUAAAAUGGUCAAAGAGUAUGCCCAUUUGUUCCAACACAAGUUAGACGUGGAACAUGUCUGCCAGGCAAAGACGGUAAGAGAGUUUGACGAAAGGUUUACAUCCAAAGUGUUUGGCUAUGCUACGAAUGAUGACUACUACAAGGAUGCCUGCUUGCAUGACAAAAUCGAUUCCAUAAAGGUGCCGUUGCUUUGUCUGACGGCAGGGGACGACUGCUUCUCACCCUACGACG